AUGCCACAAAAUAAUUUUGUAGAACAACAUAUAAAAAAAUAUGGUAGACAACUUGAUUACGAAGUUAAAAAAUUAAAAAAAGAAGCGAGAGCUGAUGCUAUUUUAGGACGAAAAAUAAAAAAACUGCAUGGCAUUAAAGCUAAACUUUUUACUAAAAAAAGACGAAAUGAAAAGAUUCAACUUAAAAAAAAUCUUAAUAUUAAAGAAAAUAAAGACAAAAAUAUCAUCACUAAAGAUGAAAGUAAUCCCCUUCCACAUUUCUUACUUGAUAGAGAACUACAACAACAAGGAAAAGAACUUAAUAAUAAAAUUAAACAACAGAGACAAGAUAGAGCAGCAAAAUAUUCAGUACCCAUUUCAGAAGUAAAAGGGCUUACUGAAUCCGAGGUAUUUGGUGUUGUAGCAUCUGGAAAGCGUAAGUCUAAGCAUUGGAAAAGGAUGGUUACCAAGCCAUGUUUUGUUGGAAAUGAUUUUACUAGAAAACCGCCUAAAUAUGAAAGAUUUAUUAGACCUAUGGCACUAAGAUUUAAGAAAGCACAUGUGUCACAUCCAGAACUAAAAACUACAUUUUGUUUACCAAUUAUUGGACUUAAGCAAAAUCCACAUUCAGAUGUUUUUACGAAUCUAGGGGUUUUAAGUAAAGGAACGAUUAUUGAAGUAAAUGUAAGCGAACUGGGAAUCGUCAAUGCACAAGGGAAUAUCACAUGGGGUAAAUAUGCGCAGAUUACGAAUAAUCCGGAAAAUGAUGGAUGUAUAAACGCAGUAUUAUUGGUUUAA